ACAAAGACUCGCUUUCCCCGACUGCCUCCAGAUUCCCCAAGACUUUCAGACGACUGAACUUACAACGUUUAGUUUUUGUGACGUUAGUUCGCUCUGAGCCUCGGACCGAGGCCGCUGUGCGGUGUCGGUACUAAGGCAGGUUCGCUCUGAGCCUCGGACUGAGGCCGCUGUGCGGUGUCGGUAGUAAGGCAGGUUCGCUCUGAGCCUCGGACUGAGGCCGCUGCCGCUGUGCGGUGUCGGUACUAAGGCAGGUUCGCUCUGAGCCUCGGACUGAGGCCGCUGCGCGGUGUCUGUACUAAGGCAGGUUCGCUCUGAGCCUCGGACUGAGGCCGCUGCCGCUGUGCGGUGUCGGUACUAAGGCAGGUUCGCUCUGAGCCUCGGACUGAGGCCGCUGCCGCUGUGCGGUGUCGGUACUAAGGCAGGUUCGCUCUGAGCCUCGGACUGAGGCCGCUGCCGCUGUGCGGUGUCGGUACUAAGGCAGGUUCGCUCUGAGCCUCGGACUGAGGCCGCUGCCGCUGUGCGGUGUCUGUAGUAAGGCAGGUUCGCUCUGAGCCUCGGACCGAGGCCGCUGCCGCUGUGCGGUGUCGGUACUAAGGCAGGUUCGCUCUGAGCCUCGGACCGAGGCCGCUGCCGCUGUGCGGUGUCUGUAGUAAGGCAGGUUCGCUCUGAGCCUCGGACCGAGGCCGCUGCCGCUGCCGCUGUGGUGUCUGUAGUAAGGCAGGUUCGCUCGGACGCGGACACGGGCCGAGUCCGGAAGCGCAGAGGAACCGUUCAGUCCGUCGUGAAGUAUCGGGUAGAGCGGUUUCGCUCCGUAUUAUGCUUUUCUACUCAUUCUUCAAGUCUCUGGUGGGCAAAGACGUGGUGGUGGAAUUAAAAAACGACUUGAGCAUAUGUGGAACACUACACUCUGUCGAUCAGUAUCUGAACAUCAAACUCACAGACAUCAGUGUCACUGACCCUGAGAAGUAUCCGCACAUGUUGUCAGUGAAAAACUGCUUCAUCCGUGGUUCAGUGGUGCGAUACGUUCAGCUUCCUGCUGAUGAAGUGGACACCCAGCUCCUACAGGAUGCAGCACGAAAAGAGGCCAUGCAACAGAAACAAUGAUCUACAUUCAUUUUGCUUUUUGAUGAGGAUAUUGUAAAAUAAUGUAACAUCAGUGGUUUACUUUUUUUUAAGUUUUGUAUAGUUUUUGUGACCCCAUGUAUGGAGUUUGGUUUGAAUGUCUGUCCUCAGAUAGGAGUGACAUGGUUAAACUAGACAAUGGGUAAGUCUUGUUUUAAUGACCUGUUGGAGUUUCCCAGGUUAUUUUGCUCAGAUACAUUUGUAAUACGUUAGCUCUGGUCAAAUACUUAAAUACAAAAUUUAACCCCAGAGCGAUCAAACAUUUAUGUUAAAAUAAAAUAUUAAUACUACUGUG